AUGCUGAACAUCAACAUCCGCGCUGGGGAAUUCCAGGACCUGUACGAGUAUGCAUCGCAAAAGUAUCGUGCUCGUACUCGUACACUUUGCAGCACAGCAUGACACCAUUGUUGAAAUUGGUUUCUUAUUCUUACGCUUCCCUCAUUCAGCAUGACAAAUAAGUACAUUUUUACUUUCUUUCUCCUUCUGGAAAAAAUUGUAUCAAAUGUUAUUUGUACCAGUACGAUAGGAUACUUUUGCAAUGUAUAAUGAGCAGCUAGAAGAGAAGUAUCCGCCGAAGCGCGCCAAGGAGAACUUGAACGCGCUCGUGGUGCAUUCCGCCAUGGCGUGUUUCGAGAAGAAACAAAAAGAGAGCCCGCCGGCGCCCGUCUUGAUGACGCAGCAGCCCGGACAACAACCUGCCCACGCUGGUCCGUCGACACUCGGCCUUGAGUCGUCCGGUGCUCCGGCGGAGGCGAUGAACAUGAUUCCCCUCUCGGCGUCGAGCGGCACUACGCCCGCCGCAGCGGCCCCAGCAGCUGCGGCACCAGCAGCGGCCACUUUGUCCGUACCUGAAUCUGGCACCAGCAGCGGCCGCGCGGAAAAUGGCAAUGUUAGCGUUCCCGCUGCGAAAGCAAGCGCCGUGGCAGGUACCGCUAGCGCCGUUGUGGCAAGAAGCACCUCCGCGCUUGAUGUUCAUCCGGGCGACAGCGUAGCGAAUCCUUCAUCGACGUCAGGACCUGCUGCUUCGACUGCGCCUGUCGUUGCAGAAACUGCCCCGUCCACAAGUGCAGCUAUUAUGCAUCGCAAAUAUUAUAUCAUCUGGGUGUGGAAGUCGUGUUGCAACUUGUAAUGCUGCUUUUUGAUUCACAUUCGAAAAAAAUCUGUACAUAUUGCCUGAGCAGCAAACGAACUUUAGUUUUUCUUGCUACGCGGACAGGGCAUUUGAUUUCACACUGGAUAGGCAUCAAACAGGACUGAGAAAAUCUGUGAUGCUAGGGCGCACAUCAGAAACAUUGUAAGUUACAGUCAUGCAAAAUGUGAAUGACCACGAGCGUUACAUUUUUUCACACCCGGACAUAGUUGCAUUUGAUAAUUAUUGAGAAAAGGACCAAUCGCCGUGUCGCGGACGGAUAUCCUAUGCAAAAUCAUCGUACUCGUAGUUGUAAUUGCAUUUAUGCCUUACAAAGCCCUUUCUCAAGCUGAAAGUGAAACAGAAACUCAAUCCGCCUGACAAAUUUCGUCGCGUUGCUGAGCUACAACUUUGUUGUCUUGCAAUAGCAAUACGACGAGAACGAGUGCGAUAAUUUUGUACUUGAUAACGGAACUGAAACUGCAAGAGAGGCGGGAGCUUCGAGUUCUUCGGAAAGCCACUCUUCCGCAACCAUGGUCGUGAAUUCGGGAGCCGGCAGCAGCACCACGCCUUUGGUGUCCGCUCCAACAGUUUUCUCGCCACCCGAAGCUGCCACUGACACUUCUGUGGGUGUGCCGGGGCUGGCGACCAACAACGACGAAUAUUUAACAACUACUGCAGCAACAUCAAGUGGAGAACAACAAGCUUCAGAAGUCGCAGGGCCAGGCGUUGCCGCAUCGUCCAACUUAACCGCGAGUAGCUCUGGUAGCGUGCCAGCCGGAGAACAAGUAGAUGCCGCUGUUUCCUUGCAGACGAUCCGUCCACCUCCUGGGGCGCCAGUUACACAAGUACGACUACAACUACUACCUCUACCUCCUCAAUCCACUGUCAGAAACACGGCUUGGCGUCCGUUUCCAGUGCCCGUUCCAGACGAAAUCGGCCGAGCUAUCUACAAGUUCUUACCGGAGCCCCCGGUUUUUACGCAGGUUGACAAGUUGCUGCGGAAUGACGUGAUUCUAGGACUGCAAGUCACGGACGGGAUGAGGACGUGGUACCCGAAAGUCAAGUCGUACAAGGAGGGCCUCGAUCCGUUCAUUGUCGACUUUGCUGACGAUGUACCUGUGCGUUUGUCCUUUUUGCAACACGAUUUUGUUAACGGCCAACCUGCAUCCAAGUUGUGCUUGCGGUUCAAGAUUCAUGCUCAUGGCGAUGGGUAUUACAUUUAUCUGCAAGAGUUCGCACAUUGGACCGACUUGCAGGGCGGCUUCAUGCUGAAAUUCAAGUCCAUUCGUCACGCCGGUACGGUCGUCAAAUUGAUCGUCCGCUUCACGCCCGACGAUGUUGACAAGGACGAUGUUGACAAGAACAAUUUCUACGAUCACCACCCUGUGAAUCUGGUUACCGAAAUUGCGAAAUACGGCUGCGACGGGAUUGCGGAGGUGACAAAGCACCUUCCCGGCGUAGAACGUGUCUACGACGGUCGCCGAUCGACGCUUACGAUUGAGCGGUACCACAUGGACUUCAAGGAGGCCUUCCCAGGGUAUCACCGACGGCGCACACAGCGGAUGCUUGACGCAGCAAAAAUUCCGAUGCGAUCGCAAGAGACGGACAACACCAUUUCGCCAGAGCUGGUUGAGUCGGACGAGACAAAUGCGCUACUAGCAGCACGCUUUCAGCCUUUUGCACAUGAUUUGGCGAACGCCGAACCGGGUUUCCCGAAGACGUUCGGAGACUCCAAAGCCAAAGUGCCCACAAACACUUUCAGGCUUUUUCCGAGAGUGGAUCGCAGGUCUGCAGAAGUCCUGUUCCAGACCGGUGUCGUAUCCGACGUGAUUCCCAUCAAGCUAGCGCAGUCCUUGGCGAGUACAGAGCCAGCUCUGCUAAGCAGCGUGUCAUUUCAUUUCCGACCGAACCCGCUUUCCGCCAACGAGGAUUACGGAAAAGAAGGAGUAGUAGCGGAAACGGGAAUGAGAAUCAUCCCCAGAGCAGAUCCGUACUUCUUCCUCCAUGGCUGCGAUGGCAGUCUCGCCGUCGCCUUUCCGGAAAUUGGAUUUACCCAGGCGUCCUUCACCGAUCUUUCUGAGAUAGAGUCCCUGAAGUACUGUUACGUCGGGGGCCGACGACGGCUCAAUCUUGUCGGGAAAAAGUACGACACGAGAGGUGCCACCUCCGCUCGCUGGAGCUAUCGCGACAAUCGCUCUAAAAGGCGGGAUCGUCGCUUUUCGAGACCUCCGACAGCACUCAUUUUCAGGACAGAGGAUGGUGUCGAGCCUGCACUGUCCCUCUUCGUGCGCGUCCAGGAUGAAAAGUUGUGCAACAUCACUCUGUACUCCCCGCCGCUCCCGAAAAAGGGGAAAAAGCUCGCAGUGAAGAUGUUGUCAACACUGUGCACCAACCACGGCGGGACGAGUUCCACCGCAACUGGCCCCUGCUCCAAACAGAAACUGCAAUGCAUAGCCGCGUUGUACGUGCUCGAUGUCGGCGCGCAGUUUUGGGAUCGCGAGAAGCAAGUAGUCACCCUGCCGACGUAUGCUAGGUUUGCGUCCUUUGGGUCAAAAGAGGAGCUGGUGUACGCGUUGCGGGCCGUCCUAGGCGUCAACAAAGGGCUCGAAGGGUACCAAGAGCGUUUCAACUUAGGCAGCUUCAAGAGUGCCAAAUUCCUCGCCGAGGGGGGAAGCGAAUUGAGCCCAGCCGACAGGGAGCGACAACCCGAAAACUAUACGGAAGCCCUCCGCCUGCGGCGCGGCGACGAGCUAGCGGUUCUUGGCGUUUGCGGAACGAAGGAGGAAGUGGAAAAGAAGUACGGGCCGCUGCGGGAAUGGGACCUGGGACACUGCACCGACCUCUCCUGCCUGUACAUGUGGACGCUGCUCGACCCGAUGUACGACGUGUUCGCGCAGAACGACAUGGAUUAUCCCGCAGUGAGAUUUCGCCCUCUGUUAGAAGAAUGUACUGCAUGUCCUACAUUCUCAACGAAAGACUGAUCGUUAUUUACGAUAUGUUUUGUAAGGUAUGUGAAGACUGUAUUGCAAGUGAGUAGAGCACCAGGACCAGGAACAGCAGAGCAAGAUGAUACAACAAAGCACAUUUCAUCCCGAAGAGCAGCAGCUGCUGCGAGUCCCGAAGCGUGUAUUUGUAAUGCUGCUCAUCUUCCUUCCAGCUUUUGUCGGACAUCCUCAGGACAGAAAAGACGACUUUGUUGAAGGCGAUGUUUCUCUCUUGUUUGAUGAUUGGAAUUUAGGAGUACUGCAUGCCCAAUCGCCAGGGAGGCUGUACGUGUGGGCGCCGAUAUGCUUCAUGUCGUAUGACAAGAAUCCGGACAUCUCCUGCUGGAACACGUCGAAGGUGACAAACAUGUACCGCUGCUUCUGGAAUUGGGACGAUUUCAAUCAACCCUUGACGGCUACGCAAGAGGACGAAAGUGUCGUCACGAUGACGACGGUCAUCAUCGCUGGGUCAUGCAAGAAGAAGAAAAUAUCUUCUGUCAUAGUCAUCUUUUUUUGUCCCAGUCUUCAAUUGCUCUCUUUGUAUACGUAAGACCAUCAAGCGACUUGUUCUUCACAUGGUUUUUUAGAAGUAUGGUUUUUUAGAAGUGCCAAAGAAGAUGGGUUCAACGGAAAAAUUUCUGCAGAUGAUGAUGAUGAUGAUGAUGAUAAUGAUGACGACGAUUUUCGACAGCAUAAUCUGGUGGGACACCAGCUCUGUAACCAGCAUGAACGAGAUGUUCUAUGGCGCAAUCAAGUUCGAUCAGCCGUUGGGCCACUUUGACCUCAGUAACUUGGGCAGUUUGUUCGCCGAAUCCGCGAGCCCUUGCCCCGCCGUGGGGCACUACAACGACGGCGGUUUGCAGGACAUGCUUCGUGGUGCAGCGAAUUUCAAGCAGUGGGAAUCCUUGCGUUCGUGGAGCCCGGACGCGAACAAACUCGGCCAACAAAUUCCCGUCGAACCCGAAGCACGGUGUUCGUUUUUGUUCGAUCUCGUCAACAAGGAGAAGAACGCCGUUGAGAAGAUGGGCUGCGGCGCCUACCUCAUGCAAAGGGUACCCGUUGACUUGCUGUAA